CUUUUGACCUCUAUCUAUUUACUGUUACAUAUUUUCACAUUUCAAAAAGAAAAGAAAAUAUUUACAUGAAAGUAUUUACAUGAAACUUGUUAAAAAUUGUAUUAAUGUAGGAAUUUUUGAACGUUUAUCAGUUUGGGUACAUAUUUUCAUAUAUACACUCCUGCGAUUGUACGGCAUAGACUCGUUUCCAAGGAGACAACAAUACUACGUCACAUGGAUUACUACAAUGAAGUGAUGGAGGAAGAUGGUGGUAAAAGAAUGAGAGGUAGGACUCGUGGUAGAGCACGUGGUAGAGCACGAGGUCGUGCCAGGGGUAGAUCUAAAAAACAAGUGAAGGUCAUUGAGAGUGAUGAAGAAGAUACUGCUCAACAAGUUGAAGAAGCUCCGACAGAAACAGCUGGAGCAGAAUUGGAAGAACAUGAAGCUCCACCAACGCAACAACCUCCUUUGGAGCAACAGUUUGAUUUGGAGGCAGAUAUAUCACAAUUGGAAGCUCCAACUUUCACAACCAUUAAUAGAGGACCUCCUGAACCAAUGCUCCGUUUAAGAUGGGACCAUAGAGUUAAUCUUAUUGGAGAGAAAGUAUUAAAUCCUAUGAUACACUGUUGUGACAAGUGUUUAAAACCAAUUCUCAUUUAUGGACGUAUGAUACCUUGUAAACACGUAUUUUGCUUAUCCUGUGCUAAAAGAGAAGACAAAGUUUGUCCACGUUGUAUGGAAAAAGUUUCUAGAGUAGAGCAAACUGGUUUGGGUACUGUAUUCAUGUGUACGCAUGGAGGAACUAGAUAUGGAAACGCUGGUUGCAGAAGAACAUAUCUUAGUCAAAGAGAUCUACAGGCUCAUAUAAAUCAUCGCCACAUCUCAGCUCCACCGCAACAAGUUCAAGGAAUGCAAGUUGAUCCUCCCCAAUAUGUGCAUACUAAGUCAGAAAUAGAGUCUCAGUUAACAAAAGUCCCAUCUGUUGCAAUGCAGAAUACUCGUAUAAAGACAGUGCAAUCACACAUGGUUCAACCGAUACUGGGAAACGAUCCUAGAGUAAAUUCCAUGGUUAAUCAAACACCAGUAGAACAUAGACAACAGCACAGGCCACAGUCACUACUAUCAAUGCAGAAUUAUUCUCAGAGUUCUGCGCCACCGCCACCAAAUAAUGCUCCAUUAAGAACAAAUCUGAUAACAGUACCUAUUCAAGAUACAUCUAUAACGACACACGAUAUACAUUCGCAACAAAGUCAUCAUUAUUAUCCUCCUCCUCCGCCACAAGUUAAUUAUGGAGGAUAUAACGUGCCACCUCCAGUUUCACAGACACAGCAAUACUAUCCACAGCCACAGCAUCCUGCUCAAGUAUCUUAUGUUCCACCACCUCCACCACAACAACAACAAUAUGUUUCUUCCACGCCAACUUCGAUAAGGCCAUCUCCAACAGGGUAUAUACAAGAUCCAUCAUAUGGGCCACCACCACCUCAACAACAAGCUCCUCCACCUCAAAGUCAAUGGUCACAACAUCAACAACAGUUUUAUAGGUAAAGGAAAUUACCUUUACUAUGACAGACUUGUACUGUUCUGUGCUCGUACUGUAUGCAUUGUGAUAAAACUGUUGUGAGCAAUAUGCAGCAAUGACUAAUGGUUACAAAUACCAGUUCUGUAUAGAUGCUGCUUACUAUUAAGAAAUAUUAACUUUAAAAUAUUUUAUACUUUUCAAGAAUUAUAUAUGCAGCAUUAAAUGACUAAACUUAUAUAAUACUAUAGUAAUAAAGUUGUUUCAAUUCUAUGGAUACAUU